AUGCGUCCGUCCCUGGCCACCGCCGUGCUGCCCCCCCGGACCCGCAGUCAGAACCCCCCCCACCUGGCCGUGGGCAGCCGGGAGCACCUGUCGGCUCCGCGGCGGCGGAGCCCCCACCUGCGCCACACCCUGAGCCCGGACAACCUGCGCACGCUGGCGGAGCGGGGCGGGGCGGCCAACGCCGACUCUGUGUCGGGCGCCAGCGGCCCCAUGGGGCUCCCGAGGGCCAACAGCGACACGGACCUGGUGAGCUCGCAGAGCCGCUCCUCGCUCACGGCGUCCACGCUGGAGUUCACGCUGAACCGCGGCCAGAACCUGGUCAUCUCCUGGGACAUCAAGGAGGAGGUGGACGCCACCGACUGGAUCGGCCUGUACCACAUCGAUGAGACCAGCCCCUCCAACGUGUGGGACUGCAAGAACAGAGGAGUCAACGGCACCCAGAGAGGCCAGAUCGUCUGGAGGCUGGAGGCUGGACCCUACUUCAUGGAGCCUGAGACCAAGGUGUGCUUUAAGUACUACCACGGAGUGAGUGGAGCCCUUCGCGCCACCACGCCCUGCAUCACCGUGAAGAACCCGGGAGUCCUGGUCGAGGGAUUAUCAGAACAGGUGGGGACGGACCACCCCCGGAAACUCAUCAGCUUCACUCUGACAGAUCUCCGGGCCACGGGUCUGAAAAAGGGGAUGUUCUUCAACCCUGACCCCUACCUGAAGAUGUCCAUCCACCCGGGGAAGAGGAGCAUGUUCCCCACCUUCAGUCACCACGGCCAGGAGAGGCGCUCCGCCAUCAUCGCCAACACCACCAACCCUGUGUGGCACGGAGAGAAAUAUACUUUCGUAGCACUUAUGACAGACAUACUGUACAUCGAGGUCAAGGAUAAGUUUGCAAAAAGUCGACCAAUCAUCAAACGCUUCUUGGGUCAGCUGACAAUUCCUGUUCAGAGGCUCAUUGAGAAGAUUCCUGGGGUCCAGCCCGUCUCCUUCUCUCUGUGUCGCCGGCUGCCUACCGAGCACGUCAGUGGGCAGAUGCAGUUCAGAGUGGAGCUCACCUCCACCGGGCCCGACGGGGCGUCCCCCGACUCCAUCAUCGGACUGUCGUCCCUGAACGGGGCCCCGGGAACCCCGUCCGACGACGAGGACCUGCCCCACCACCUCCCGGGCAUGGUGCACUCGGCCCACUCCCCCACCGGCUCCCACUGCUCCCAGGCCCUCUGGGGGGGCGGGGCCGCGGCGUACCACCCCCAGAAGGACGUGGCGGCGGUGGGCGGCGCCGAGGCCAUGUUCGUGGGCGGGGCCGAAGGGCUGUCGGGUCACGAGAGGCUCCUGAGGUCGCUCAGCGAGGGCCUGGACGCCAUCGAGGCGCCCAAGGGCCCGGGGGAGCGACCGCUGGGCGCCGCCUCGCCCCAGCUGCGCUCCAGCUUCCCCACGCACACGCGCCUCAGCGCCAUGCUGCACAUCGACUCGGACGAGGACGACGAGCGCUCCUCGGGCGCCCAGGACCUCACCCCCGUCCCGGGAUCCCCCCUGCUGCUCAACGGAGGGGGGGACCCCUCGGAGAUGGGCCCGCUGGAGGAGGAGGAGGACCCCUUCCCCGAGACCCGGCCGGACCCGGACCCGGCGGGGGCGGAGCCGCGCGGCCGGGCCCGGCCGGCUGAGGACACGGAGGACGAGGACGGGCUGGCGGAGGAGGAGGGGCUCCCGGACCUGGACCCCGGCCUGGACGACAUCUCCGAGCCCGACGUCUUCUCCGAGGUGGACGAGACGCCCUUCACGGAGGCCAUGUCCCAUCAUGCUUUGCAGGGGAGCCUGGAGGAGCAGGAGGAGGGCCGGGCGCUGGGGGAGGACCCUCUGUCGGAGAUGGACUCCUGCUCCAUGGCGACGGCCCCACAGACCGUGGUCUCGUCCUCUGAGAGCUGUCCCAUCACCAUGACCACGGCUGUGGACACUGAGGAAGGGGCAGAGACGGCCAUAGAUCCGGGGGGACCUGCUGUUCUUGAUAUCCUGCCAAGCAUUCAAGAUGCGGUCGACACCAUCAGUGUGCAAGCUCCAGCCAAUCAGGCUGAAGGAGGGUCCGCCUCAGCCAAUCAGGAAUCCAGCGAGCAGGUUGCGGAGCGAAGGCGGAGCUUACAGGCCAGCGGGGGAGUGGCUGAAGAACAAGUGGAGGGGGCGGAGUCAAGGACACCCAAAGAGGUGGGGCCUGUGGAUUCAGAUCAGGCUGCCACGGAGACGGACGGGGAGGAAGGUAGCCAGGUCAACGGCCACCCAGUGCGCUCCUCCCUUCCUACUGUACGCCACGACAUGCACCGGUACCAGCGCGUGGACGAGCCCCUGCCCCCCAACUGGGAGGCGAGGAUCGACAGCCACGGCAGGAUCUUCUUCGUGGACCACGUGAACCGGACCACCACGUGGCAGCGGCCCACGGGGCCCCCGGCCCCCCAGGGCCUCACCCGCUCCAGCUCCAUCCAGCAGAUGGAGCAGCUGAACCGCAGGUACCAGAGCAUCAGGAGGACCAUCACUAACGCAGACCGGACGGAGGAGAACCCAGUGGACCCCCCCCCAGAUGCCGCCGACAGCGACCUGCUGCCUCACGCCAUCCACGAGUACCGCAGAGAGAGCGUGGUGGGCCACUCCAGCGGUCGCUCCCGUCUGUCCCUGCUGCUCCAGUCCCCCAGCGCCAAGUUCCUCUGCAGCCCCGACUUCUUCACCGUGCUGCACUCCAACCCUAGUGCCUACCGCAUGUUUACGAGCAACACGUGUCUGAAGCACAUGAUCAGCAAGGUGCGGCGCGACGCUCACCACUUUGAGCGCUACCAGCACAACCGCGACCUGGUGGCCUUCCUCAACCUGUUCUCCAACAAGCAGCUGGAGCUACCCCGCGGCUGGGAGAUGAAGCACGACCACACCGGGAAGCCCUUCUUCGUGGACCACAACUGUCGCUCCACCACCUUCAUCGACCCCCGGCUGCCGCUGCAGAGCUCGCGCUCCACCGGCCUGCUGGCCCACCGCCAACACCUCAGCCGACAGCGCAGCCACAGCGCCGGGGAGGUGGUGGAUGAUUCCCGCCAGUCCAACCAACCCAUCCUGCCACGCCCCUCCAGCACAUUCAGCGGCUCCAGUCGGAACCAGUACCAAGACCUGGUACCUGUGGCCUAUAAUGACAAGAUAGUUGCGUUUCUACGGCAACCGAAUAUCGUUGACAUCCUGCAAGAGAGGCAGCCAGAGCUCGCUAGAAACCACUCACUGAAGGAGAAGGUGCAGUUCAUCCGCAGUGAGGGCGUCUCAGGACUGGCGCGUCUCUCGAGCGAUGCUGACCUGGUCAUGCUGCUGAGCUUGUUCGAAGAGGAUGUGAUGUCAUACGUCCCUCCUCAUGCACUGCUUCAUCCAGGAUACGCCCUCUCCUCUCCUCAGAGCUCCCCUGGCACCCAGCGUGCCAACGCCCGCGCCCCUGCCCCCUACAAGAGGGACUUUGAGGCCAAGCUGAGGAACUUCUACAGGAAGCUGGAGACCAAAGGCUACGGCCAGGGACCCGGGAAAGUCAAGUUGAUAAUCCGCCGGGACCACCUGCUAGAAGACGCCUUCAACCAGAUCAUGUGCUACUCCCGGAAGGACCUGCAGAGGAGCAAGCUGUACGUGGGCUUUGUCGGCGAGGAAGGGCUGGACUACAGCGGUCCCUCCAGAGAGUUCUUCUUUCUGGUCUCCAGGGAGCUGUUCAACCCAUAUUAUGGUCUGUUUGAGUACUCGGCCAACGACACGUACACCGUGCAGAUCAGCCCCAUGUCAGCCUUUGUAGACAACCACCACGAAUGGUUCCGUUUCAGCGGGCGUAUCCUGGGGCUGGCCCUAGUCCAUCAGUACCUCCUGGACGCCUUCUUCACCCGGCCCUUCUACAAGGGCCUCCUGCGCAUCCCGUGUGAGCUCAGCGACCUGGAGUUCCUGGACGAGGAGUUCCACCAGAGCCUGCAGUGGAUGAAGGACAACGACAUCGAGGACAUGCUGGACCUCACCUUCACCGUCAACGAGGAGGUCUUCGGACAGAUCACAGAGCGGGAGCUGAAGCCGGGCGGGGCGGGCAUCCCGGUGUCGGAGAAGAACAAGAAGGAGUACAUGGAGCGCAUGGUGAAGUGGAGGAUCGAGAGGGGCGUCUCCCAGCAGACCGAGAGCCUAGUGCGGGGCUUCUACGAGGUGGUCGACGUGCGGCUGGUGUCUGUGUUCGAUGCCAGGGAGCUGGAGCUGGUGAUCGCCGGGACAGCGGAGAUCGACCUGGCAGACUGGAGGAGCAACACGGAGUACAGAGGAGGGUACCAUGACAACCACAUAGUGAUCCGCUGGUUCUGGGCGGCGGUGGAGCGGUUCAACAACGAGCAGAGGCUGCGGCUGCUGCAGUUUGUGACGGGCACCUCAAGCAUACCCUACGAGGGGUUUGCAUCUCUGAGGGGCAGCAACGGACCCCGCAGAUUCUGUGUGGAGAAGUGGGGCAAAAUCACCUCGUUACCAAGAGCCCACACAUGCUUCAACCGCCUGGACCUGCCCCCGUACCCCUCGUUCUCCAUGCUCUACGAGAAGCUGCUGACAGCAGUGGAGGAGACCAGCACCUUCGGCCUGGAGUAGACCCCCCCCCCCCACACACCUCCAAGACACCAAAAGAGAUUCACCACUUUGAUCCUGAGAGAGACUUUAAAGAUGGUGCCAAGGCACCUGGACGGUUUGUGGUCACCUGCUUUUGUAUUUUUAUUUUCUUUCUUACCUAAGGUCUUCUUUUCCAGGGAACUCACCAAAACAACCGUGCUGUUGUGUUCCCUGACGUAGCGAACAGCUAAGUUAGGGUGACGCCCACUGAGUUAGGGCGACGCCCACUGAGUUAGGGCGAUGCCCACUAAGUUAGGGUGACGCUCACUAAGGAGGGUGACGCCCACUGAGGAGGGCGACGCCCACUGAGGAGGGCUACGCCCACUGAGGAGGCCACCGCGUGGGGGCGGACCCGUCCUGGUUCUGUUCUUCCUCCGUACCACAGCUCACUCUCCUCUGCCCUUAGAACCACAGUGUCCUUUAUCUCUUCAGUUCAUGGCCUUGUGUGCUGGAGCCUCCGGCUCCCCCAGGAGGCUGACCCGGACCUGGUCCCCAGAAGCAGCACCCCAGCACCCCCCUGUCCCUGCCCCUCUCCUCUCUGGACCACGAAACUGUGCCGUUUGUACUCCGGGCCCACGUUGCUGUUGUUGUGUUGUACACUAUGAUGCCUCUGGAUUUAGACCUGGACUUGAAAAUAACAAAGCCCUCCAAACAGAACUGAGACUUCAACUAAAACGAGAAGACGACAACGGUUCAUUUUCUAUCGUGUGCUGCUGAGGUGUUUUCCUUAGAUUGUUGUGAUCUCAUUCUUUGGGGGUUGUUCUUUUUUGAGAAGGCAAAGAAUUGGGAUGUAAUCAUUUUUUUGCUUUGAUUGAGGUUUUAAUGAGGCAGUGGAAGAUUGAGUAGUCGAGGGAAAACACACACACACACACACACACACAUGCACCCAGACACACAUGUGUGAAAACAUGAACAAACUUGCAUAUAAAGAUAGAAACAAACUAUAUAUAGUCCACAGUUGUAUCAAGGACAGCAGGUUCUGCUCUCGACUGUUAAUAUUGUAACACCAGAGCUUGUAUGGGCUAUCAAAGACAAUGAUAUUCAUCCUGAUCUAUAAAUAACCCCUCUGUCCCAAUUCUCACAGACAUGCCGUCCAAACACACACACACACACACACACACACACACACACACACACACACACACACACACACACACACACACACACACACACACACACACACACACA